AUGGAUGUGUUGAAGAGUGAAGAUGGUGAUGUGAUUGACUGCGUCGACAUUUACAAUCAACCUGCAUUUGAUCAUCCACUUAUAAAGCAUUUACAGAUGGAACCUAGCUCAUCUCCAAUUGGAAUGAAAAUGGAUGACUCUCAACCCAAGCUUAUUCAGAAUUGGCAUAAAAAUGGGGAGUGCCCACAAGGAACAAUCCCCAUUAGAAGGACUCAAAAUCAUGACCUUCAUCGAACUUUUCCAUCUCACUGGCAAGGAGGACAACAUUACUACCCCUUUGGGCAAGAACUAGGUGAUCAUGAGUAUGCCGUUGUUUUUGAAAGGGGUAGUACCUACCAUGGAGCGCACGCAUCAUUUAAUGUGUGGAAUCCUAACACAGAGGCUAAUGAAUUUAGCUUAUCUCAAAUUUGGCUUAUGUCUAACGUAACAACCUUGAAUACUAUUGAAGCUGGAUGGAUGGUUAAUCCCGGAAGGUAUCUUGACAAUCAGACAAGGUUCUUUAUAUAUUGGACAAGAGAUAACUAUCAAAGCACGGGAUGUUAUGAUCUUGGAUGCCCCGGUUUUGUACAAACAAAUCACAAGUUUGCCAUUGGUUCCACCAUAAAACCUGUUUCCACCUACAAGGGAAAGACAUUCGACAUAUCUAUACUGAUAUUCAAGGACAACAACACUGGAAAUUGGUGGCUUCAGCUGCAAGAUGUGGUAUUAGGUUAUUGGCCUGGUUCCAUCUUCACAGGCUUAGCUGACAGCUCUACGCUAGUGGAAUGGGGAGGAGAGAUCAUCAACUCAAGAUCAGCACAACAUCACACAACCACUCAAAUGGGGAGUGGUCAUUUUCCCUUCGAACGAUAUGGAAAAUCAAGUUUUUUCUAUAAUCUUAAAGUCAUUGACAACUCAAACACUCAGAAAGAUCCAGCUUCCCUUCAACCAUAUGUUACAAAUUCUGCAUGCUAUGAUUUACAUGUCGAGGCAAACAAAAAUACUGAUCUCGGAACUUAUUUUUACUAUGGGGGUCCCGGAUAUUCUGCAAAAUGCCCAUGA